CGGGUCAAAGUGUUUUCGCAAGACGCAAAGGACGAGUAGUCAGCAGUUAAACCGGUCCCCUGAACACCUCUCACAGACUCACAUAGAUCUAAGCUAUGGAAAUUGAGGAGCCCUAUUCACACAUCCAGGGUGAGUCGCAGCCUGCUCUCAUGGGUCAAGGUGACAUAGAGGCUGUGGAAGCUCUGAUGUCCAUGACGAAGCACUGGAAGACCAGGAACUUCAGGCUUAGGCACUUCAGACCUUUGACUCCCUCCUCAGACUGCUCAGAGGACGACUCUGCCCCCCCUGGGUCUAAUGUGCUACAGGACACUCCUCUGUGCAUGACACCACCAUACAGCCCGCCCAACUUUGAGGCCACCCAUCCACCCUCAUUUGUGUCCCUCCAUCAACCUUCAGAAGAGACUCUUCCACACACGCACACUCCUGCUUCUCAGCAGCUGUUCCAGUGCACCAGCGUAAUCCGCCACACUGCAGAUAGCCAGCAUUGUUCCUGUAAUGUUCAUUCUGUGUCAAGGGAAGACAGGCUCUCUCAGGUUCACACAAAAGACUCUGAUGCAGAUUUGAACUCUAAAGUAAGGCUGAAUAGUAGAGACUCAGAGGAGAACAUUAUAAUGCAGUCUGACUCUAAUGUUGCCACGCCACAGAAACCAGUCACUCAGACUUUGCCAAAUGUGGUUGAAGCCAGCCAGAUCCAGCCGUGUGUUUUAGGCCUGGAUAAUAAAUCAAACACACCCCAGUCUGUCUCCUCUGUACAGGCUGGUAUUACUGGUGUGCCUGUCUACUGCAAGAUUCUUUCUGUCUCACCUUCGUCUACAAGCCCCACACAGAAACAACAGCAGCACCAACAGCAACAGGUUUCUCCUGCCCAGGUCUUUUUCGUUGGAGGACAGGUGACAAAGGGUCCUGUAAUGCUUCUGGUCCCUCAGCCAGCUGUUCCUACUCUCUACGUUAAACCGGCGCUUUUGACUCCUUGUGGCACCAAGCUACCAGCCAUUGCCCCUGCGCCUGGCCACGCUUUGGUGGAACAAAGACACACCCAGCUGCAAAUAGAAGUGUCCCGUGUGCGCAAUCAUGUUUGUCCCCAUGAGGACUGCAGCAAAACCUACUUCAAGAGCUCCCACCUCAAGGCCCACAUGAGAACACAUACAGGUGAAAAGCCCUUCAAAUGCAAGUGGGAGGGCUGCGAGAGGCGAUUUUCGCGCUCCGAUGAGCUGUCUCGCCACCGUCGAACCCACACAGGAGAGAAAAGGUUUGCCUGUCCCAUGUGCCUCAGCCGCUUCAUGCGCAGCGACCACCUGGCCAAGCACGCCCGGCGACACCUGGCUGCGAGGAAGACACACUGCUGGACGUUAGGAGCCGCCCAGUCUGCUGAGCUCAUUGCCUCGGCAGUUGUCUGACUCAAUGGAUCUUAAAGAGAGACAGAGGGAGACAGAGAAAUGUUAAAUUGAAUGUAAAGCUUCAGUCCACAGAGGAAUGUAAAGUCUUGGUGCUGCUUGGUGGUUAUUUAAUGGUUGAGGCUAAAUAUAAAGGUGCUAAUUAGACAGUUUAUAUUUGAUUUCCAGCUACUGUUUCGCCUCAGACUGAGCAAUUACAAUGAAAAUAGACUGUAGAUUGUAUUUUGUAAGUAAUUUUCAUAAUAGUUUUACAAAUUAUGCUAGAUGUAUGUUUAUCUUUCAGUAAUGUUUGACCAAAGAAUGUUGAAUAUUUUUAUUAUGUACCAUAUAAGAAAACUUUUGCACAAUGCAGUUUUCCUAAAGGGAAAAAAGUAUUUUUUAUUAAACUUGAAUACA